GGAGGACGGGGAGAGUACCGGUUCUGACCCAUCCCGGAGGAGCAGCAGGAGACAUAAUUCCGCUCGACCCAAUGGACUGAGAGGACAGAUGAAUGAAGACUGCCUACACUAACGCCUAUCGAUGCCUGGCCAAGGACCUGGACGCGUACGCCAUGAACCCGGACAUGACAAUGGACGGCCUCGGCAGCCUCCACGGCGGGGUGGCCCCUGACGCGGAGCUGAUGAGCGGCGGCUCGUCGGGCCUCCGGAUCCACCAGGACCUGGCGCCGCGGCCGGCCAUGGUGUCCGGGAUGAUCCUGGAGGGCAGCGGGGAGUACCGUCCGGAGCUGUCGCUGCCGCUGCACCACGCCAUGAGCGUCCCGUGCGACGCGACGUCCCCCGGGAUGAGCGGCACCUACACCACCCUGACCCCGCUCCAGCCGCUGCCGCCCAUCUCCACCGUGUCCGACAAGUUCCACCACCAUCACCACCACCACCACCACCACCAGCGGCUGCCCGGGAACGUCAGCGGGAGCUUCACCCUGAUGCGGGACGAGCGCGGGCUGCCGGGGAUGAACAACAUCUACAGCCCGUAUAAGGACCACAUGUCCGGGAUGGGUCAGAGCCUGUCCCCGGUGCUGGGUAACGGCCUCGGCUCCAUCCACAACACCCAGCAGGGGCUCCACAACUACGGCUCCAGCUCGCACGCAACCCACGACAAGAUGCUGAACUUCGACCACCAGCACCGAGGCCUCGGUGGCCCGCCGGCCGGGAUGAUGCCGCACCUGAACGGGAUGCACCACCCGGGCCACCACCCCCACCCGCACCUCCAGUCGCCGUCGCACGGGCCGGUGUUGGCGCCUACGCGGGAGCGACCGCCCUCCUCCUCGGGGACGCAGGGGGGCGGCGGGUCGGGGCAGCUGGAGGAGAUCAACACCAAGGAGGUGGCGCAGCGGAUCACCGCGGAGCUGAAGAGGUACAGCAUCCCGCAGGCCAUCUUCGCCCAGCGGGUGCUGUGCCGCUCCCAGGGGACGCUGUCCGACCUGCUGCGGAACCCCAAGCCCUGGAGUAAACUAAAGUCCGGCCGGGAGACCUUCCGGAGGAUGUGGAAGUGGCUGCAGGAGCCCGAGUUCCAGCGGAUGUCGGCGCUCAGAUUGGCAGCAUGCAAGCGGAAGGAGCAGGACACGGGGAAGGAUCGCAACAACACACCAAAGAAGUCGCGGCUGGUCUUCACCGACCUGCAGCGGCGCACCCUGCUGGCCAUCUUCAAGGAGAACAAGCGGCCGUCCAAAGAGAUGCAGCUCACCAUCUCGCAGCAGCUGGGCCUCGAACUCACCACAGUCAGCAACUUCUUCAUGAACGCCCGCCGCCGGAGCCUGGACAAAUGGACAGACGACGGCGCCAGCCCCGGCGCCCAGUCCUCGGCGUCCAGCACUUGUACCAAAGCAUGAUAGACGACGGGGAGCCGGGAAAACGGAGAUAAACCGGGUUCAAGGUUUCGUCCGGUUGAAGCAAAACUUAAACUUUUUACACGAUUUUCUUUUCUUCCUUUCCUUGAGGGUACAAACAGAGAGGGGCUGCUCACUGCCACGACUUGUAGCCAAAUCGCCUUCUGCAAAUUUAUCCUAAACAUAAAGAAAGCUGGAGGGUCAACUCAUUAAAAACAUACAAAACCUCACUUUGGAGGGGAAAAACCUUCUAAAUCAUAGACUUCAACUGUCCACUGCUGAUGUCUCCUCUAGGCUGACACACUAGCCCAAAAACCAAAGACUAGAAGACAAUGUGUGUUUUCUAUUAUGCAAUAUAAGCUAGGAAACAACCAAACACCAAACCAAGGAAAGCUUUAUGACUGCAGAAUGUGACAGAUGCUCUGGGACAUUUUCUGUGGAAAUACUCUUCUGUUCUCGCCCUCAAAGGUCCAAUCAGGAGUUGGGUUUCAGUUCAAGCAAUAGACAGUUUGGGUCGCUGAGGGAACUUUUAUCUUCACCAAACCAAAGAUAGACGAAGGGAAAGGACGAUAGUUUUCACCUAGACGACAAUUCUUCACCUCAGAAUCAGCGUUCAAACAUUCGACUCUUUAAAGAAGGUGGUGCCGAAAUAUGCAAGCACAAACAUUCAUCGGACGACCCAACAGCGUUUAGCUCGCGCUUCAUCAGAACCCUGAGCGCUAGGCUAGGUGGUACAAACUACAUGUGAGUGAGCACAAUGUCGAAGCACAUUUUCUUUGCAAUAGAACCGGAGCCGGCGGCCGACCCGAGUGGGCUUCGCAUCUUAGAAAACUCAGGAUGCCAUUUAUUUUCUAAACAGUGGCUGAAGUCCAUUCGGUGCGCGUCACAAACACGCGGUGAAGUCCUCACACGCAUCCAGAGAUGGUUUCUGAAGUAAAACACAGCGUUAAAGAGUCGUUCCCUAAAGCGUUCCCCCGUUAACUACAGGCUAACGCUAGCUUACUCCGGCUUCACCAGUCAGUCUCAUUCAGGGAAGCGAUGGCAGCUCCUUCCACCAGAGCAGGAUGAAACGUCUGCUUCUAGUUUAUUGUGUAACGUAGAUCAAUCCUGGGUGACAUUAAGAGGCGGCCAUUUUGCUAAAGCCAAACGGAAAUUUGUCAGACAAGAUUGACCAGACUCUUAUGAAAUGGUUUCCAGCUGCAGACUAGAGAUAUUUUUGUAAGAUUUUGACGGCCAUCACAAAGAAAAACAGGAUAAAACACAACCAGUACGCGCGGUACCAGCUGGACCCGCCAGAGGACGGACCGGCCAGGCAGAUCAGGGCCUUUGUAAUAGUUAAAGAGGACAAUCUAAAGACGAUGCCUGGCCAGUCCGUCCCUCCUGAGGGUCAGUGGAAACCAGAGAACGGCUCCCAAAGCCGCAAAUAAGUCAUUUAAAUGGCCGUCAGCCAUAAAUUCAGCAGAUCGGUCCGAGCGACCGUCGAUCCGAAUCGAUUGAUGUAAAUACCAACACAUCCCAAAACCCGUUUUAGACGUCCGUCCGUCCGUCCGUCCACCAUCACCUCAUCAAUCAUCUUUCACUCAAGCUAUUAAACCAAAAAAUGAAACAAAACCAAAGCAAAGGCGUCAGUCAGCAGCCCCUGCUCCGUCCCAAAGUCCAGGCUGGAGGUUCGGCCUGGUCAGAAGCAGCCAAAGGCUUUAAGAACAUUUUAAGAUAAAAAAUGGACACUUGAGACUUUUUCUAUUUAUUGACAAAUCGAAACCAAAGAAAACC